UUACACACAAUUCAGCGGCAUUGUUUUACUCUGCUGCGCAUAUACGUAUAGAGAAACGUGCGACAUUCGCAAAUUUUUUGAGUUUUCAAGGAUUUUUGAGACCCCCAAUCAUUCUGGAGUCCCAAGGCGAAUCCCCGAAAGGGGUUUAUAUUCAAGUUCCUGUUUUCGGGGAAACGUACACGGGUCACAUUAGAUCUUUUCCGCUAGAUGAAACCCAGGCCUCUCUGGUUGAGCUCGGGAAGCAGUUGCUUGCUGCUGCCCGGGAUGGAGAUACUGAAGGGGUUAGGGGGCUCAUGGCUAAAGGUGCCCCCUUCACAGCAGAUUGGUUGGGUACAUCCCCCCUUCAUCUUACAGCACAGUUUGGAAACUUCUCAACCUGCGAGGUUCUUUUACGAGCUGGAUGCAGUCGGGACGCAAGGACUAAGGUGGAUAAGACACCAUUGCACAUUGCUGCUCAGGAAGGACAUGCAGACAUUUGUGAACUUCUUCUCAUGAGCGGAGCGGAGGUGGAUGCCAGAGACUUGUUACUUAUGACGCCUCUGCACUGGGCUGUGGAGAGGGGAAACGUUAGUUCUAUCGAGGUCCUGUUGAAACAUGGCGCUAAUACUGAAGCAGAAUCCAAGUUUGAUAAAACACCCAUAGAUAUAUCAGAUGAUAACGGAAGACCAGACCUAAAAGAUAUGCUAAUGAAUGCUGCCUCGUAUCGACCAAUGGGAAUUGGGAAUGGAGAAUUAAAUCUGGAUGAUGGGACAUUACAAUCUUUAUGUCGGGAUGUUGGUAUAACAGUAGGAGAGCAGGAAGAAGUACAAACAUUUGCAACCAAGAUGAACAUGUCCCGGCUCGGGUUAGAUCUUGACCCUGUACAACUUGCUCUUUCCUCAGCUGGAGAACAUAUACAAACCUCAGAUAAUAUACAAAACGUUGAAGAAGAUCUGAUGAAUAGUUUACCAGACCUUGAUCCUUCCAGUAGUGAGGAGAACCAAGAUGAUGCUAUUAGAUUGCUCGAGGCCCACGGUAUCCGUAUGCUACCAGAGGAAGAAAUAAAUCUAUCUCAAUCUUUAACCUUAACCGAGGCUGGAAAGCUUGUCCUCUCUUCCUUGUCCUCUCCAAGGACAGGACUAGAAACCUUCUCCUCUACCCGUCCUGUCAGUUUGUCGUCCCCGCGAACUGUAACCUUGUCCUCCCCGCGUCCUAACCUUGAGAUAAAGGACAAUAAGAUAACGUUGUCUAGUAUAUCAGCAGGACGGGGUUCAAGCAGUAGUCCUUUAAAUACACUCAGAUCCAUAAACCUUCCUAACACAAAAAUUACAACCAUUACGAGUACAAGACCCGCUUUUACGACGAGAAAUACAAUUUCAAAGGUGGUAACAUUAACCAGCAAUCCAGUCAAAUUUUUAGCUAAACCAACUCCUGUAGUCAGUAGUCCUAUAUCUAAUAAUAAACAACCCAGGGUGAUAAAGUUGACCCCUCAGCAGUUUGCGGAUUUAAAAUCCGGGAAAUCUGGUAAAAUUGUACUGGCGGGAACUAAUUCAUUUAAGAGAGAAAAUAUUACACUGGCUUCACAACAUAGAAAAAUUCCCCGACUUGAUGAAAUUAAUGAAUUAAGAAGAAAACUAGAAGUUGAGUUAACCGAAGCUGAAAACUUGAGACAGGAGGCCAGGAAGAGAGACGAGGCUGCGGAUCGGAUACGGAAACAGAUUAACAUCCUCUCAAAUAUGUAGAUCAUCCAGAAGUUGGAUUUUUACCUGCAAAGGGAGAAGAUGUGAAAAGGGAAACUCUCAAAUGUGAUAAAUAACAUGAAGAAGAUGGGGUUCUAAAAAGAGAAAGCCAAAAAUUAAGAGUUCAGUGAGAACCAGAUAACGGGAAAAGGAAGACGACAUUAAAGCUACUUAGUAUUUAAUGUUGGUAAAUGGAUAAACUUUUAAAUAGUAAAUUAUUAAAGGGACUGUAGGUCUAAUUUUAAGUAACCCUUAAUGCAAAGAUAUCAGUGUCCGAUUUAUAACGGUACCCUUGAAAUCUUUAUCUGAUGAAAACGUAAAACAUAACGUCGUUUUUUCUGACUUGGAAAAGUAUUUUUUUCUGAUAAUUUAUCCAUUAAUUCUGACAAGCAAGAAAUGCGCAAGUCACUUUUUCAGAGAAACCACAACUGAAAAUUAACAGUUUAAACAAUGGUAUCUUAUUCAUGCUUGAUCUGACGAAGCUUUUAAGGGUACUGUUAUAAAUAGAGCAUUGCCAUCUUUGCAUGUAGGACAGGUACUAACGCUUACAGUCCCUUUAAAUGACAUAAAAUUAAAAUUGGGUAUAUGUGUCAUGUUCAUUGGGAAGUCACAACUAUAGUCUUAAAGUCGCCUUCCUGUUAUAUUUUUCUGUUGAAAAUGAAGAUGUUUCUUAUGGAACAAAGUGAAAUUCAGUAUUUAGCCUUGUUAAACGAUUGAUAUCGCUUUUCUCCAUAUCUACCAGUCAAAAAUUCAUUCAGUUGUCAAAAUAUAUUAUAAUUCUUAAUCGGUCGGCUCUACAGUAAGUCCUUAAAAAAAUAACUUCACUUCUUCAACAAGCAUAAUUAACAAUCAUUAUUAAAAUGAUGAAUAUAAGAUUCCGGUGUUUUGAAAUUUAGUUUAUUGUGUUUGGUCCAAAGUAAGCUCAGCAUGAAUCUUUUAUUUUGUUUUAGUUUAAUUAAUUUUGAUUUAAAUUGUAAUUUAAGAUUGGGUAAUUUCUGUUUUCCUACCAACAAUGCGGGUUAUUUAAUGUAAGAUUUUAGAAAGUCGGAUAAAUUUAUCAUUAACAAAAAUAGGAAGCGCAACCAUUCUUCCUCCCUCACCCCCCUUUUUAUUUGGAAAAUGGAAAACUGUAUUAUUAGAUACCAAAUUCUUACAAAACAUUCUAGUUUAACCCAGUCUUCGGAGCUAACGAUAGAAUUUACAAAAUGUAAUUUUUGAGAGCUCUUUAAAACUGUUCCCGCAUAUUUAUGGCUAUAUUUAUACAUGUUAAUAAUUACUGAGAUCUAGGUAUAAUAGUACAAAACCCAUUGAAAAAUUCUAAGACGACAUUUUAUAAUUUCUUUUCGUCUCCGAAGUUCUGGGUUUUGAAUGUUUGCUGUAUCAGUGUAUCAUUUAACUAAGUAAUAAUUUCCCCAGCCCAAAGUACUCCAGUUGCGCUUCUGUUUUGUACAUUUACUAACUAAGAUUCAAUCCACCAUUCUUUCUACGAGCGCCUAAUUUAUCGCGAUCUUAAAAUUGUUGAUUUACUCCUUACCUUGUUUGCCCUUGUACCUGUUCAUGUACUUUAAUCAGAAUAGAUAUUGUUAUAUAUUUAUAUAUCAUGCUUAUGUAAAUUUAUUUUAGAAUAUUUUCA